AUGUCGGUUUGGGUGGGCAGUGGCGGCGGCGGAGAUCUCCGCGUGCCGUCCGUCACUGUCCUGUCGGCUAACACCUCUAUGGAGUCCGGGAUCGAGGCCGGAGUGCUUCCGACGGUCACGGGAUCACUUGCUUCGGCGAGGGAUUCGCUGGGAUCGCUCUCGAGGGCAGCGGAACCCCUUUACGAUACAGAUCAUACAGAUCUCGGUUCAGAGCUGGACGAGGCGGAAAUUCGGCGAGAGUUGAUGCACGACAAAUGGCGCCUUCUAUUCGAUCGGUUCGAUCCGGAAGGCUUCGGCGAGAUUCCGUGGCCAGACUUCCUACAGACCCUUCAGCAUCCAGAUUUUAUAGCGCAGGUGGCACCCCACAAGCGUGAGAUACUUUUGGAUAAAGCUCAAAGUUCCACGAGUGCAGCUAUUACCUUUCAAGAAUUUGUUAAUUUGGUAAGUACCAUUAUAACUAAUACUAAAUACGUUUUAUCAAUUUAA